UAAUAAGUCUGUUUUAAUAAGGGAAAUUAACCUCCGUAACCGACAACUACUGCAUGUAAAGAAACAGAAUUCGCUAAGUUUGUGCACAAGACAUACAACCGGGUUUUUCUACUUAACAAGCUUUCUGAUCUAGCGAUGUGCUUUUCCCGACAGCGCGAAGAGAGAAACCGUUUUCGGACAUGUAAAUUUAUCAGCUGGUUCAGUUGUAGAGCGACGAAAAUUAUUACCUAUUUCAGUGUUAUUCUUUCGCAGCUUUUUGUGCAACCAUUUUAUUGAAGUUCGCAGCUAAAAAGUAGGUCGAAUUUUUAUGAAUGAACGCGAGCCAGCUCCUCAGUUUUCUUCCGAAUGCUUGGAGCGAAUGACAGAGGUAUGAACACAAUGUUGUCGGUUGCGUUUAUUUACGACGACAAAAGUCCUUUAUCGCACGAUUGCGACAUUGCAGCCGGCGAGGUUCCCUAGCCCAUGUUUAUUGGUUUUUGCGUUUCGCUCCGUCGAUUCAACAGGCAUUAUCUCAGAUGUAAAAUCACGAACCGCCGGUCUAACGAAAGUGGAUUGUAGUAUCAGGUUUACGAUUAAAGACCAUAAAUCUCUCAUUUCGUAAAUAGGUAAGGCGACUUGUAAAAGCUGCCCCGCAACGUUGUAAAAGUGUUUGUUCUGAAUCUAUGUCUUAAUGUUGUCUCAAAACACAUGGCGUUGAUUUGGCUCGAGUUUAGACCUUUGACACAUUUUCAGUGUGAAUUUUGCAUGUUUUGAAUUUGUCUGCUGAUGCGAAACUCAACAGCGGAAUAUUUCGGCGCUGCAAACUAUUUAAACGUUCAAGGAGCGUAAUCUCUAAGCGCUUGUUCUACACGGUGAGGUCACCGUCAUUUGAUAGCUACGAUUAUGCAUAUGCAAAUUAUAUUUGCACAAAACUCGUGGCUGGCAACCAAUGCUCCGCACUGCGAUAGUUGGAUCAAAAACUUGGAUCAAAAGCUAUCGCUUGUUUUUGUAUAAACGUUAAUAAGUGUUUGACUUACAAGUCUUAUGAAGUGUCCCCUGUUCAGUUUCAUCAAUCAUCACUUUAGCAAUUGAGUAAUAUUUUAAAAGCGAAACCAUUUGAAAUCGUGUCCCUCAGAACGGCUAACCGUCAACACUGAAAACCCGUGGCUCGUAUCCAAUCGCUUCAUUUCAACAACUUCGACAAAAUCGAACGUAUCUUCACCACGUGGGCAAAAUAAGUCGAAUACGGAGGCUUCGAAAAUUCUCGAGUUCGAUUGGUUCUUAAAAAUUUGUCAUUUCUAAGGCAUUUACUACGCAACAUUUAUUACACUUUGUUGUCGUGCAAGUGUGCACAGAGCCCCCUUAACACGCGCUCGUGACGUAAUGAACACACGUUUAGGACCCACAAGUCUUUCUUAGGAAAGCGACUCGGCGUCGAAUUCAACAUGGCGAUGGGUUAAAUUAAUCGGGAUUUCACCAGUGUUCAUGUCUGUUGUAGGUUGGACACUCUGGGGAUACACGGCUAAAAUCGAUUUGUGUCAUCCAGGCUUCGUCAUGCAACUGGAUUAGCUGUGGAACUAUCAAAUUGAGGUCAGAUAUUUGCGACUGGAAACGGCCGGAGAGCUGGGGAAGCUCGAUCGAUUCAAAACAACGCUGUAAACAACGGUCGGUAAUUCGUAUUUCUCGACCAAAUGGAUGAGCGUUCCGCUUCUCCAGAGAUCGACGUGGUCGGCCAUAGCGAUCGAUCGGGACUGUUUCGCUAUCAAAGCGAAAGUUUCUCGACUUCCUCGGGCAGGAAUGCAACCGCCUUACAUGCAGCGAAUCAAACUGGCGCGAAGCGUCUCGCGGCAAAUACGAACACGAAAGCAAACAAGGCGGAAACCGUGAAUCUUCGCGUUCGAAACAUGGGAAUGAUCACCGUGAAGAAAGAACCCGAGUCAGACGAGGAUUGUGAAGUCUCGUAUUCCCUCAGCUCCCUUCUCCAAGAGUGUGAUUUCGAGCAGGCGCCUCGAGCGAAGACAAGGGCGCUGAAAUCGCCAACGUCGCUUGCGAUCGCUAAGUCAAAAUCUUUGGAGGCAGCUCGUUCUGCGACGGGACGAUCGAGGCAGACCUUAGAAAAUGUCAUCAGCUCGUUGAAAUCAGCUCGAUCUACAGACACAAACCAACCAAAAUUUGCAAAGAAGCCUUCCAGCUUUCAAAACCCGGUAGUUCCCAUAUCAAUGCCUUCGCAAAUAGUUUCUGUGGCUCCCACUGCCCAGAGUUCAGUCAGUUUUCCUGGUUCUGGUGUUGCAAGCAGUGGUCCGCAGAUUGUUGAUGUUCGAUCCUUAGCCACCGGUGCGCAAACAGUUUUAAGCGGAGCCGCAGCAAGGAGCACUAGAUCCACUACAUCAAAGCCGGUCACUCUAAGACCACUUCAUUUAAGAGCUGCACCCAAUACUAGGAUGACAACACUCAAUACUAGUCAUCCUACGACAGCUGCGUCAAACUUACCUGUAACCACAACACGAGUCCCAGUAUCUCAAGUGCAGGCAUCGACUGUAAAAAUAUCCAGUGCUUCAGGUCCAAAGCCUCUAAACAUUCGGUUUGUUUUGCCAGCCACUGAGCCAUUUAACACCAGUGAAUUUCAACAAGUUCUUCAGACCGCACUAGCUACAAUAAUCAGCCAAUCAAAGGGAGUAGAUGCAAGUCUGUUACAACAAGCAAUCCAAGCAGCAUUAACCACUGUCACCAAGACAUCUGUUCCUCUGACUGCAAAUCAGCUUCAACAAGCCAUACAGAGUUCUUUAGCUGUGCUGAGUGCUGCUAGACCAACCCAUCAGGUGACUCCUGCGAGUUUAACCCAAGCUCCCAGUAUGCAUGUACUGCAUCCUGCACAAAAGCAGCCUCAAGCUAUGGCACCAAUGCCACCUCGUGUACCUUCGCAGUCAGAUUUAAGAACAGGAGGUCAGGUCUCCUCAGUAACACCAAUAGUGUCUUCAGUAUCCACAGGGCCGCAAAUUGUAACUAAUACCAAUAGUCUCGUUGUGAAUGGUGGUAAUCAGUCAGCUUCUGGUGUGGUAACUUCAUCAGCUGCACCUCUUAAUCAGUCUCCUUUGAACUCAGCAAGAGAUGCCCUCAUUAAGGCUCUUCAGGAGAAAAGGGUUCUAAACAGCCCUCCAUCUUUGUCUUCGUCUUCGUUAUCAUCCACAUCCGAAGCUUCACCUUCUGUAACAGUUCCUGAUUCUAUUGAUGAGCCGUUCUCAGGUUCUCCACCUCCUUCCCCAGUAUUGCCAACGCCAGAAGAACCAGCACAAAAUUCUACAGUUCCUGAUAAAUCACAAGCACCAACAUCUGCAAUAUUAGAUACAACUUGUACUGCGAAAACUGUGGAGCAAACAACAACUGUUACUAGCAUUGCAAGAACCCCUUUAAUCGUUCUUAGUUCAGGGACGUUCCUUAGACCAAACCAAUCUCCAGUUAAUUCUGGAACACAGACAGCUUUGAUAAGAAUGCCACUGCAGGUACAGGCCUCUCAGGGCAAUUCCUCUUCGGCUACACCAGUGACACCAACAUUUGCCCCACAGACUACUACUGUGAAUUUAAUUAGUCAAACAAAUGCAACUGUUCAGUCCACUGCACCUUCUCUGCCAGCCUCUAAAAUGCCUCCAGUAAUGGCACCCACACAGCUUGUACAUGUUUCACUAGUACCUGCUACCUCAAGCAACACACCUGUGGCCAAACCAGAAAGCAAACCAACAGCAACAAAAGCUAAAAGUUCUUCUGUCAGUUUUUGUGCUGGGGGAUGCUGCAGAUAUUGUCGGGCGUGCCAUGAAAAUAAUAACGUAUGUGGUUUACCUACGUGCCAGAAGGCUUACCCAAACAGAGCAGCUCUUCGAAAACAUUACUAUUUUAAUCCUACUCACAAGUAUUUAGUUCCCACGGAGAAGGCAUCAAUUGCAUGCGACAAUUUUUUGCCUUUGGAAAUUGCUGAUUCGCACCGGAGGGCGCGGUUACGUGAACUUUUUAGACGCCUUCCAGAUGACGAAUUUCUGGAUCUUGUCAAGCCUCGAGUGGCCAAAAUGAUCUCACUUUUUCAGUUACUGGAACAAAAAUCCUUUCGUGUUCAGUCUGGCGGCAUUUCCGCUUUUAAAAUGUUCACAGAGUUUGAACGCUUUAGAAGGGAGGUGGAAGCCAAAUUGCUGGAGUUGAUUUUGUUGCCGCAAGGCAAAGACCAGGCUAAGGGGACAAAAAGUAGCAGUAAGGAUGGAAGCAAACCAGCAGAUGCAAAAACGUCAGAUGUAGAUAAUUCUUCACAAGGUGAUGAAACCACUCCAGGAGCUGAUAAACAAGGCAGUAAAGAUUCACUGCCGUCAGACGCAGCCAACACUGACCAGAAACCAGAAAGCUCCACAGCUCAACCCAAGACAGACACUAAUCCAAAUGCAGGAAGUUCUGCAACAGCAAAGAAGACUGUGGACACCAUUUGUUUAGACUCAGAUGCCGAAAAAUCAGCCACAAGAACUUCAGUUACUGGAGCUGGCUUGGCUAAUCAUAAUGACUCCAGCAUUGGAACUACUAAUAAUGACACAAUAACAGUAGAAGACAAGAACGCCAGUGAUUCCCCUCCAGUAGAAGAGAAGUCAGCAGAGUCAGGUAAAGAGUCUGGUGAUGUCACCCCCACUUCGUUAGUAUCAUUUCCAAGAAAAGAUGGUAAAGGCAAAGAAGGUGAAAAGAAAGAUGGUGAGCCGCAAUCUGUUGAAGCAAAUGAAUGUGCAAAAUCUUCUGAUGGUAAAUCCGGAGCUGAUCAACCGUCUGAGCAGCCCAAGCAGACUGAAAAUGUGGGACACAUAUCUGAUGAAUCUACCCCCAAAGAUAUGACAUCAGUGCCAAUGGAGAUUGAUGAUAGCAGCAAAGCUUCAAAAUUGCAGUCAUCUGAUGUGAUAAUGGUGGAUGACCAGAGUGAAACCAACUCUUGCAGCAAUGUCAAAGAGCUAAAAUCAAGGAAAGGAGAGCAGGCAGGAGAAGGUGAAAAACCAAUAAUUGAUCUUGUCAGCAAAGAAGACAAUGCAACAGUUGAUGCAAAUGCUGAAAAAAAUUGCGAGGUCGCUGGGAGAAGUGUCAAGGAAUCUGCCAAUGCAACACAGGAGGAUAAAAUUACUGAGAAACCUUCUGAUGUAGGAAAAGAAAUUGCUGCAAUGGAUGUUGAAGAAGACGGAAACAAUUCCAAGACUGGCAGUGAGAAAGGCCAAGUUAAGGAAGCCACUGUUGAGAAAAGAGAUGAAGUUGGAAACAAAGUGGAUAGUGCAAAGUUAAUCAAUGAUGAAAAAGGGACUGUCAGAGACAGUGACCAAACUGAAAAAUCUAAAAUGGAUCCUGAAAACCAGGUGAAGGAGGGCCAGCAACAAGAGACUACAAAAAACAAAGCAGAUGGCGCAUGUGAAGGAAGAGAAGUAGAAACUAUAGAUGUUGACAGUGGUAGUGGUACAAGAACUGCUAGCACUAGUAAGGACACACUUGAUGUUCCCAUGGUAACAGAUAAACCAGGGAGUGGUGGUAGCAAACAUCAAGAUGCAAACAAGGAGAAAACAUCCUUAGAAAAGGACAGCAAUCAGGUCAAAGAGGUGGCAAGGUCAAGCAAAAAGGGUGAGGGAACCAAUGCCGAAUGUUGCACAGAUGCGGACAGUAAAGUCAAAGAAACUGGAAAAGCAAGUUCCUCUGAGGUAGCUUCAUCUUCAGGUAAUACUUUUGGCAACUCUGAUGCCACCUCAGCUGGGAGCUCAAACUCCACGCCACAAACAGGAAGUGAUGCAGUUAAGAAGAAAAGGAAGUUUAUCACCCUGGAAGAUCUAGACCUUGGUGAUGAUGAUGAUAAUGAUGAAGAUGGGAUUGACGAAACUAACAUGUUGGAUUUCAGUCUUCCAUUUGCAGUCAAAUGGGGUCGAAUUGUCAAAAAAGUGAGGUCAGUAGAGGCCAAGAAAAUUGCAAGGAAGGAAAACUACUCAGAGCAAGAUAUGAAACAAUUUAUUUACAAUAAACCCAAGGAUGCCGCCAAUGCCGUUAUCAUUGCUGAUUGUCAUGCCCAUCCAAGCUUCUUCCGUGCCUAUGUCAUGCCAGCAUUGUUGGACAAGCACAUUGAUGAUUUUGGCCUGUUUGGUAAGAAAGUGCUGAGUAGACUUGUCCUUCCAAGGCAAAGAUAUGUUCAAAUCCUUCGAAAUGGUAUCGGUCCAGAACUAGCCAAGAUACUUGGAAUAAACAUCUUUCCAACAUUCAAAAGGAUACAGGACACUUGGAUGAGCAUAAAGAAUCCAUUGGGGACAACUUCACGCUCAUCUUCCUCAAAAACAGUGAUUGCUAUCGAUGCAGCAGAUGACAUUGAAGUUCCUGAUGACGAACCUGCAGUGCCUACAGGAAAGGCAGCUGGACCAACAAAUAACUCACAAAAUGCUGCUGUCAAAACAAAAGAUUCUUAUAAGAGGCCAGGUCCAGCUGACAGUAUGGAGAAUGAUAAAAACAAGAGGCAGCGAGUGGAUAACACAGAUUCCCAGAAAGGUGCAAGCCAGACUAAAGAAAGUAACAAAGGACAGACAGAAAACUCUGAAAAGAGUUCUCAGAGAGAUGGAAGUCAGCCAAAUGAAGCAAAUAAAGCAAGGAAAUCUGCUGAAGCAGGCGGCUCAAUAAAGGACACACAAGGUAAUAUAAUCCAGGCCGAAGAAAGGAAUAAGAACCAAACAGGAAAAUCAAACUUGGCACAAACAUCUGAUAAAACAGCGACACCAGUUGUCAACGUAGAAACUGAAAAAGAGAAAAACAGAGCCACAAGUUCAACGAGUGUACCCGAGAAAGAGACUACUCCGCAACCUGUUGUGGAUGAGACAGAUGGACCUGAUACAGACAGUGUUGUACUCAUGAGUGUGGACCAGGAACAAGAUCCUAAAUCUUCAGAUGUGGCCACUAAAGCGGGUACAACAUCUUCUGUUGCUGUUGAAAAAUCUCCAUGUAGUACCACCUCUGCCAAGGCAACCCCAACAUCUUCCUGCUCAACAAGCAAGCCAUCAACUAGUGUGGAAGACCCAUCAUCCAAAACCUGUGCUUCAUCUAUAAUCCCCGCAAAGGCAACAAUCUACACCAGUGGUGCAGGCAAAAAAGGAGUUUCUUCAGUUCCCCUCCCAACAACGAAAGGUUCUCCAUUGUUCUUGGUUCCUGUGGAGAGGAUUUCCCCUAAACUUGUAGAGCAGUAUAUCCAGCAAGGGAAAGGGGAUGGCAUGAAAACCAGGAGCAGUGACAAGAAAAAGGCUAAAAAGCCAAAGCAAGGUUCACAGGUCCUUGUUCUCAUUCCAUCAUCCAACCCAAACGGCAGUCCCACUAUCCAAACGUUGACAUCAGCUGAACAGCUUGAGAGCACUGGAGGUAAGAAACCGCUACUACUGCUUCCAGCUGAUAAAGUGCCCAAGUCUAUUGCCAGUCAGUCACAGACUGUCCGCAGGAAGAUGGUGAUCACUAUGGUUGCGCCCUCAAGUGGAGCUGUGACGGGGACAAAAGCAAAGGCAUCAUCAAUGCAGAAUGUCUCAGCCACAAGUACAUCAUCAUCAGGCCCCGCUGGCCAGUCAGGUGAGCCUACUUCAGCAGUCCAAUCAGUAAAGGGACCCAUAAUGAGUACACAAGAAGGCAAAGCUAACACAGCUGCAACAAAAGGCAAAAGCAACCGCAGCAAACCAACUACAGGAUCGGGCUCCAGCGCGUCAGUGGACCGCAGUGCAAGGAGUUUAGCUUCAGUCGUCAAUAAUACCUCAGCUCUUAACUUGUCCGCUAAAGAUAGCUCUGCUUCCAGUAAACAGUCAGGAUCUGGAACUGGACUGACUGCUGGAGAUAACGCUGACUCGCAGGGUGCUGCAGGGUCAAAAGAAUCUGGUGAGGUGCCCAGUUCUGACGGAGCAAGUGAUUCUCUCAAAGAGUCAUCCACCGACAAAGAAUCCGCCAGCAAUAAAGAAAGUAUUGAAGAUGGCGACUCUGCCCCAGCUGCUUCUGAAGCGUCGACAUCUGCUGCAGCCUCUGGUGGUGAUCUCGUCGGUAACCAAUCCACCUCCAGUAACACUGAGCUUGAUCUGUUAGGAUCAUCCAUGCUGCCGAGUGAUUUUACUUUAGACAGUUUGCUGAAAGACAUUGAAGAGGAUGGCUCAGGUGACAAAGCAAAUGAAAUGCCACCCCUUGAUGUUUCAGAAAUAAUCAGAAGUUUCGAGGACUUGCCUGUUGAAUCUGACAAUAGCACUGCAGGAGAUUCAUCGCUCUUGGACACUGGAGGUGAUACAAGUACCGUGGGUGGUUCCUCAGAGGGACGUAAUGACAUCCAGAUGGCAAGCAGUAUACCGGGAAGAUCAUCUCUCCAGGAUGAACAUAGCUACGCUCAGUCCAGGAGACAGUCACCAAGGAGAACACCAGCGUCUUCAAAGCCACCAUCAGGGAGGUCAACACCAGAUGUCCCCGACUACGAAUAUGGCUUAAGGAAAACUUCAUCUCCCAGUAAGUCAGGUGGCUCUAAAGAAGACUCGGACGUCGAUGAAGGAUCUCCCCCCCGUAAACGCCGCAAAGCACCCACAAGAACCUCUGCGAGGUCCUCACCACAAGUGACCUUUGUGCCUGAUAAAGUUGUCCCUGGUAAAAGCCCCCAAAGCUCUUCUGCAAAAGCCAAAGGACGAAAACAGUGAUCCUGCUGAAGAUCUAAAUUGAUUCUCAGCUGAUCUGGCGUUGACCUGUGUUCGGCUUGUUAGUUAUAUGUUGAGAUAUCGAUUUAACUCUUCAUGACUGAAUCUGCACACUCCAGCACUCAAACCUAUAGCGUGUAACGAUUCAAAUGAAAGCUAUUGAGCAGCACUCACCUUUGGUACUGUUCAUUACGUUGUGCAAUGUGGUGCUAACUUUUACGUCUGUGGAUGAAAACCCAGUGUGCGACCAUUCAAAUGAAUGCUAUUGAUCAGUUCUUCCAUGUGGUACUGUUUAUUAUGCUGUACAAAUUUGUUCUAGCUUUAUAUUAGUGGGCGGUAUCCUUGGGUGUGGGUAUUCAAAUAACAGCUAUCGAGUCGACCACCGCGAAAAUUGAGGUGUUAAUGUAAACUCGUUAUUGCAUAACUCAAAAGACAAACUUCAGGGAACGAACGAAAGAAUUGCUUGCGAGGUAUUUAACUUCGGAGACGUUUAUUGUGAACUUUCUCUUUCAACGACCUUUGCAAUAAGUAGGUAUUUUCACUCAUUACCAAGAAAUGCCAAUGUAUCGUUUUCGAUAAUUCGUUUCGUUAGCUUAUUCCAGUUAAAAUCGUUUCACGUUGGAGACGACAGUUCAAUUGCAUCGUAGGGGUAUUUUUGACACGCCAGGAUUUAUCGAAGAUGAGUUUAACGAUACAUAUAGGAGGGGAAAUGAACAUAUUUUUUACCUUGUAAUAUCAAAUUUAUCGUAUUCGCUUCAAACAAAACUGAUUUGUUGAUAUGAUGCCGAUUCGCUUUUACCCAAUGCGAGUUUUUGGUGAAUUACUCUGGCAAUGGUGAUCACUCGACGAGAUAAUUAAUUUAUCGAACUCUUCAUAUCGUCAGAGUGCUUGCUAUGUUUUAGAUCUUAGAGGCAUUUGAUUAAAUCAUACGCAACUUUUUUCUGCUCUUGGUGUGUGACUUCAGUUGUACUAGUCAGUUGUCUUGUUUCAGUGCAGACCGCGGAAAGCGCGGAAAUUUGUCCGUGAAAUUAGCAGCGAAAUGAGCUUACAUCACAACAGCAGUAGAGAUCAAUUGCUUUUCAAUUUCUUGUCAGAAAAAAAAAUGUCAACUAGUCUUAACUUUUACGUUGAAUACCCGUUUAAACCAGUUGCCUUUAGGCUUACGAAAUCGGAUCUGAAAUAGUAAGCUCUCUGACAGUCAAUAAGAAAGAAAAGAACAACCCAGCUUUAAGGUUGAAGGUUGUACCUCUUUUAGUUAGAAUUUAGGGUAGAAGAUGAUUUCUUCAUUCGUCAUUUCUUACAGACUCUCGUUCGUGUUAGCGUUACUAAAACAAGUGUGUAACCUUUGGAUUCUUUCAACGUGUCAGACCUCGCAUAGGAAAUUUGUACGUCUUAACUACUGUAUGUGCCAUGUUAAUACAAUGUUUGCUACUUGACCGUCGUGAUUUGCAAUAAAGGUCUGGAUGUCAGUUUCUUUUUUAUCA